AUGGGAGCCUGGAGAAGCUUGAGACAAAAGUCCGGUAAAGCGUCUAGACGGUUGGCAACAGACCACCCGCAGCAAUCGAGUCUGACGAUUAGUGGGUGGAAGGGCUUGAAGAAGGGCAGCCUGCCCCGUUUUCACCCAAUCUAUGAAUUCCAAUCACCCCCUCAGCCAAACACCAACAACAAACGACAACAACAACAACAACGAAAACAACAACAACAACAACGACCACUGAGUCCUUAA